GACCUCACGCUGACGAAGGACGUCAUCACGGUGGAGGCCAUCUCGCACGGGGGGCAGACCCGCAGCAUCACGGAGGUCUACGAGUGGAGCGUCGCGAAGAAGAAGACGAACAAGCAGCCCCCGGUCGUACCGCCCCCCGAGCCCGAUGGCAACGAGUUCGAGAUGGCCGUACCAGACUGGGCGUCGGGCGGCACGGCGUGGUUCAGCCUGGACGGCAGCUGGGACAGGUCUUGCUUGGUGCGCGACGAGCCCAUGGUGCUGCACGGCGCCUCCUCCCUGGAGUCGUGCAGGGCCGUCUGCGAGAGCAUGCCGGCAUGCGGGGGCAUGGAGUGCUGCCCCCCCCGCCGCGCGCCGCGUUGCGCCGCGCCGGCCGCGCCCUCUGGGCUUCUCUUUCCUGUCUCCUCGUGUUCGCCC